UCAGCCCCUUCCUCUAUUUUGCAGGAUAUCCUUACCUUUUUGGCUGCUGAGUAGACUAAAUUUGUUGUCACAUUGAUUAGUAAUAGUAGUAGAGUAGAAUGGCAAACAAGGAGCUGGAAGAUGCUGUGAUCGGAGACUUCAUCCCCGUGGAGGCCAUUGAGACCCAGGAGAGUGAGUACAAGGCCAGUAUAGCUGAAGAGAGACUCACUGAUGAGAUUAAGUUCUCUUACUCAUGGCAUCUCAUCAAGAGUCGAUAUCGUAAAGACAUCCGCAAGGGAAUCAAGCUCAUGGAGGAGCUGAUCCAGCAAGGCAGGGAUCAGAGGGACUAUUACUACUUCGUGGGACUGGGACACUACAAACUAGAGGAGUACGAGGAUGCUGACAAGUGUGUGGCCAGAGUGCUGCAGAUGGAGCCCAACAACUACCAGGCCAAGCAACUCAAGACACUCAUUAACAAGAAAAUCAGAAACGAUGGACUGAUAGGACUGGGUGUACUGGGUGGAGCUGCUCUGUUGGGUGGGGCUUUAGCUGUAGGAGCUGUUGCAUUAGCUGGACUUGGCAUUUCUAAAGCUGCUAAAAAAUAACUUCAUUAUCUCAGCAUUUCCUCGUAUACUUUGUGCAGUCUGCUCGGACAAAUUUUUAUUCUUUAUUGUUGUGUACAUGUAUUAUGAUUCAUUGAAGCAAAUUGUCAUUUGAGUA